AUGAAUAACUUUAAUAUACCAGAGAUCAAUGAUAUCUCACCAUCCUUUCAACAAUCACUAGUACAAAAUCAAUCAACCAGAAAUAGAAGUAGAGCAGGUACUUUACCAUCAUCUUUCUUGAGUCCAAAUUCAAUCCUUAAUGGUUACAAGUCCCUAUCCAAUUCCCCAUUGAACAUUGCCAAUCAAGAAUCAUUAUCUGUCGACUCUAUGUCAAUGGGAUUAAGCAGUGCCGGUGCAACUACAUCCUCAUCACCUAAUGAUCAAACUGGUAUUGGAUCUCGUAAUAAUACAAGAGUCAGAUCAGGCUCAUUAUUUUCAGCAAAUUCAAUUUGGAAUGAUGAUAACUUAACUAGUAUGCAUUCAGAUCCAAAUAACAAUUUCUUGACUCCUAUGUUAACCCCAUCAAGUGCACAACUGCAACAUACUCGUUCAACUUCACAAGUGAAUUCUUCUUCAAUUGCAACUUCAGCACCAAUGGAUAUCUCAACUAAUAAUAGAAACAGAUCCUAUACCACUACAGCAGCAAUACCUAGUGUUACUUUCCAUUCAUUUGCGGAUGCCCAACAGCAACAACAGCAACAACAACCUCAACCAAAUAGAGUCUUAUCAUCACCAUUUGCCACGGUAUCCAAUAAGAAUACUGAUAUGAAUGCAUUACUAGAUAAUUUAAUGAUGAAUAUGAAUAGCAAUCAAUCAUCCAUACCUAGACAUAGAUCGCAAACUUAUUCGGGUACUACUCCUACAAUCCCAGAAGCAAGUUUACAACAACAACAAAUCAAUUAUCAACAACAGCAGCACGCUAAUCAUUCAUAUCAGAAGAAUUCACCUCCUUCCAUCUUACAACAUCAACAACAACAAUUCCCUCCUGUUAUUGAACAACAAAAUCAAUCGCGUGACCAACCUGUUUUGAUUGAUGAUUUCGACUUUAGUCAAUUAAUCAUCACAACAAAUUUUGAAAAUCCAAGUUUAGGUCCUACCAAAUAUCUUUUAUUUGAUAAUUUACCUUUAUUCAUUGACUCCACCAAGUUAUAUUCCAUAUUGGCAAAUUCUUUGGGUACUCAAAGAUCAUUCGGAAAUGUUUAUAGUAUUAGAGUCACAACUACAACUACUUCAAAAUUGGCUCUUGUUGAAUGUACAACUGUCGACAUUGCCAUGACAUUAAAAGCAAAUUUUAAUCAUUUAGAAAUCGUUUCUGGAGUUACUUUAUAUGUUGCCUUUGCAAAAAUUCAAUCCGAAACUAAUUCAGUACCUCCCCCUGCUAUUGUUUCUACUUCAACUAUUUCUUCGAAUGUGUCAGUUCCACCAGUUCAAGCCCCACAACAAGUCAGUGCAGGUCCUGUGCCUGCUACUACAGCUCAUACUGGAGCAUCAAAUACCGAGAAACCAAGUCCAACUGAUAUAACAGGAAUUCAGCCUAGAUUAAUCGAAGCAGCAAAUACAUUAUCCCAUAAUGCCGACGUUAACAAGAUUAUCUCCAUGAUUAAUAAAUGUAUUGCAUAUCCAGAUGAAAAUUUCCAAGAUAAUUUUGGCCCCUUACCUGAUCCAAUUCCAUUAAGACAAUUUGAUUCACCUAAAUUAAGAGAAUUGAGAAAAGUUUUAGAAAAUAAUGAAGCUACAUUAGCAGGGGGGAAUAUUAAUGGAUAUUUCAUGGAACCUGGAGAAACCAUAAUGACUCAAUUGGAAUUAGAAGCCUUAUGUCUUGCGAUGUUGGAUGAAUUACCGGAAUUAUGUUAUGAUUAUUUAGGUAAUACCAUUGUUCAAAAAUUAUUCACAUUGGUUGAAUCUCCCUUAAUUAAAUUAAUGAUGGUGAAAGAAAUUGCUCCAUAUUUGACACAAUUGAGUAUUCAUAAGAAUGGGACUUGGGCAAUUCAAAAGAUUAUUAAUUUAUGUCAUGAAGAUAAACAACAAAUGUAUCUUAUUGGAGCUAGUUUGAAACCAUAUGCUAUCAAAUUAUUCAAUGAUCAAUUUGGGAAUUAUGUUAUUCAAGGUUGUAUUAAAUUCAAAUCACCAUUUAAUGAUUUUGUAAUUGAAGCUAUGUUACAUCGAUUUUUGGAAAUUAGUUUUGGAAGAUUUGGAGCUAGAUGUAUUCGUACGAUUUUAGAAAGUGCUCAUCAUGAAGGAUAUGUUUCUCAAGAACAAGUUUUAUUAGUCGCGGGGUUAAUUAUUGAAUAUGCUAAUGAAUUGGUUGUGAAUUCAAAUGGAAGUUUAUUGAUUACUUGGUUUUUGGAUACUUUCAAUGAUUCUGAAACAAAGAUUGAUUUAUUGACAAAGAAAUUCUUGCCUCAUUUGAAAUCUUUAUGUAUUCAUAAAUUAGCCAAUUUAACAAUAUUGAAAAUCUUGAAUAAUCGUACUGAAACUAAAACAAGACAAAUUAUUAUUGAUGAGAUUUUUAAACCACAAAAUUUGGAAUAUAUCUUACAAGAAAAUGAAAAUAGUUCAGGUGCUUUAUUUAUUUAUAAAAUAUUAAGUAAUCCAACCUUACAUGACAUUGCCCAGAUUCAUAUCAAUGAAAUAAGAAGAAUCUUAUUAGAGUUACCAAUUGUCAAUUUCCAAAACUACAAAAAAUUAAUGGAUGAAGUUGGAAUUUCAAACCGUGGAUUAAAUAGAAAUGGAAGUAAUCCAAACAACAUGAAACGUAAUAGAAGAAUAAGAAAUGGAGGUAAACAUGACAUGUUAUAUCCUCAAGGACCACAACCAAUUCCGAUUCCCAUGCAACCACAGCAUUAUUACAUGCCUCCCCCACCUCCACAACAACAACAACAGCAACAGCAACAGCAACAGCCUCCACAGCAAUAUAUGCCACAAAUGCAACCAUAUGUCUUGAAUGCCCCUCCUCCAUAUUUGAAACAACAACAGAUGUUUAAUCCUCAACAAAUGCAACAACAGCAACAACAACAACAACAGGCACAACAGGAUAUGAUGGUCAUGCAACAAUUGGAACAAUUAUCAUUGAGUUCUGCAGCAUUGGGAUAUAAUUCAAAUCCAGGUACUCCAACUAUUCAAAGAGAGCUGUAUAUGCAAUAA